AUGUCACAUAGAUAUUCAGCAUUGUCCAAUGAUGAGGACGAUGCAAAAGGUAUUCUGGCUUCACCGUCCGAUAAGAAUCCUUUUGAAGACGAUGGUGAAGAGGUAGAUUUACUGACAACAACAACAACCACUACCACGACAACAACAACAUCAACAAAUAACCACCAGAAUAAUAAUAAUAAUUUGGAUAUUCAAAAUGAAUCGAAUGAACCAAAUGAAAACACCGGACUAAUAAACUCAGAGGCACAUCCAGAUGAAGAUGACGAAGAGGGUGAAACCGAUUUAGAAGAUUUCUCAAAUAUGAUCAUUGCAAUAUUAAAACCAGUUACAAUUACUAUGUUCUUAGUUGUUUGGGCAGUAAGAUCUAUUAAUGCAAAGAAUAAUAUUUUAGGUCAAUAUGUUGGUGGUGGAUCAAUGGGUAUGCUUGUCUAUAAUGAAUCUUCGGAUGAUUCCACAGGUCAAAAGAUUUGGGGAUCACUUUUGAAUGGUUUGGUUUUCUUGGUUGUAAUCGUGUUGACCACAGUAGCAUUUGUACUAUUAUAUAAGUAUCGUUGUCUCAAAGCUAUCUAUGCUUGGCUGUUUCUAUCGGUUGGAAUACUCUUGGCAUCAAUGGGUAGCUAUGUAUUUAUGGCAAUGUUGGAAGCAAACAAUUUAGCGUUGGAUUAUAUUACGUUUGCAUUCAUUAUGUUUAACUUUAGUGUUGGUGGUAUCAUUGCUGUGUUUUGGUAUGCACCGGUACUAAUGAAUCAAGGUUAUCUCGUUCUCAUCUCGACAUUGAUGGCUAUCUCCAUCAGUAGACUACCAGACUGGACUACCUGGGUUAUUCUAUCAGUCAUUUCAAUCUAUGAUCUAUUCGCUGUACUUUGUCCAAGAGGUCCUUUGAAGGUUUUGGUAGAGACGGCUCAAGAGAGAAAUGAAACGAUUCCAGCGUUGAUUUACAAUGCCAAUUUCGAACCACCAAGUAGACCGGAAUCAAUACCAAAACCACCACAACAACAGCAACAACAACAAUCGGCAUCUUCUUCUUCGUCUCAACAAGCUAGAUCAAGAAGAAAUAAUAACAAUGGUGGUGAAGACCAACAGGAAGAUGAAUUUGGACAACAACAACAACAACAAGAAGACGAUGCUCAAGUAGAUGUCAACAACAAUGACGAGGAAGUACCACCCAUCGAAGAGUUGGAACCGGAGCAAGAGAAACGAAGUUUGAAACUUGGUCUCGGUGAUUUUGUAUUCUACAGUGUACUCAUGGGAAGAGCUGCUAUGUUUGAUAUUAGUACUGUAUUCACUUGUUUUGUUGCUAUUAUAACUGGUCUAUUUGCAACACUAUUUUUAUUAGCUAUUUUCAGAAAGGCUCUACCAGCACUUCCAAUUUCGAUUGCAUUUGGAAUUCUAUUUUAUUUCCUCACUAGAAUCUUCCUCUAUCCGUUCAUUGAAACCAUGGGAUUGGUUGAAGUAUUUAUAUAA